AUGUCUAAUAAAUACGAUUUCACUACUUCAGAAAAAAUUAAAGAAAUUAGAAAGAGAAGAGAUAUGAUAGAAAAAGAACGUAAUAAAAAUUGGGUUCCAACAUCUUUUUUAUUUUAUGGACCUGGUGGAGUCGGGAAGACAAGUUUCGUGAAAAAGAUUUUUUGUAAAUGUUAUGAAAAACCAAAAGUGGAAAAAAACAAAAAUAGUUGGUGGACCGGUUAUAGAGGAGAAGAGGUUGUUUUGUUGGAUGAGUUUCAAACAAAAAUUGGUUGGGAAGAAUUGACUUAUAUUUUAGAUGAAAGUAAUUGUGAAGUUGAAGAAAGAUUUGGAAAUUUUAUUCCAUUUUUCGCGAAAUAUGUGUUUAUGACAAGUGUAAAAUCAUUUAAUGAUUUAUAUGAAGAUCAGUAUAAUGAAUUAUUUGACGAUUUGUAUCAAUUGAUUGAUUACAUUGUUGAGUUUAAAAAUGAUGGAAAGAUUAAAGUUCAUAAGGGUAAUUCAGAAAAAUUUUUCAAUAUGGAAUGGGAUAUCGAGUUUAGGGAUGACAGUUUUAAUAAUAGAGAUAUUAUUAAAAAAGCAGAGGUUUUUAAUAAAGAUAUUGAUGGUAAAUAUUUUGAUAUUGGUGGAAAAGUUUAUUGGAGACGUGACUUUUCAAAAGAAAAGAAAGAAUUUUUAAAGAAAAGUGGAAAGACUAGUUUGAUAGAAACUUUAUUUGGAGAUGAAAUGUAUAAUAAAUUACCUAAAUAUUUGGAUUGUAAUUAUUGGGAUGAUUAUGACGGAGAAGAGAUAGUUUUGUUGGAUAAAUAUCAUAAAAAGAUCGAUUGGAGAGAUAUGAUGAAAUUAUUAAAUGAUAGUGAUUAUGAAAUAGAAGUAGAUGAAGGUAUAUUUAAACCAUUUACUACAAAAUAUUUGUUUACGACAAAUAGAAUGUCACCUGAAGAUGCAUAUGAAUUGAAUCAAGGAGAUAAAUCUGGAUUGAAUAAAUUUUUGAAUCGUAUUGAUUAUAUUAUAGAAUUUAAAGGAAAGUGGAAUGAUGAUGUCAAUAAACGAACUACUGAGCUUGUAUUUCAUAAAGGUAGUAAAAAAAAAUUUCAUAAUAUGGAAUGGGAUGUAGAAUUGAAUAAUGAUGAAUACAAUAAAGAAAUGUUUGUUGAGGGUAUUCAUUUUGAAAAGAAUGGAAAGACAUAUUGGAGACGAAAAUUUCCUGAAUAUAUGAAAAGAUAUUUAAAAGAUUAUCCGAGAUGUAAAGAGAUAUAUGAAUAUAUUGAAGAUAGGUAUUCAAAGAAAGAUAAAUAUAAGAAAGGAAAAAUAUCAGAAAGAGAUUAUAAUAUAGUAGUAAGAGAUUCAAAUGAUGAUGUUAGAGUUGUUAAACAUAUAAAAAAUAAGGAAAGAUCAGGAUUACAUCCUAAUGAUUUUUCGAAAAAAAUGAAUCAAAAAAGUAGAUCAUUAUGGUCACAUGAUGAAGUUGCAGUUUAUUUAAAAAACAAAAAUUUAAAACCAAAAGUUAUCAAAAAUUAUUUGAUUAAUAAUGGACGUUUAUUAUUUAAUACAGUAAAAUCUUUACGAUAUGGUAGUUUAAUUUUAUUGGAUGAUGGAUCUAUAAAAGAUUUAGAGAUUAUCAAAUUAGGAAAAUAUACUAUAUUUGGUGAUGAUGGGACAGAUAUUUGGUGCAAUUUUCAAGGCUAUCCUUUAUUAAUACAGUGUAAAUAUCGUACAAUAUGUAGAUUUUGUAUUACUAAAAGUAAAACAUGUUAUCAUAAGUACUGGAAAGACGAUAUGAUAACAGAUGUUAAAAAAUUUGAUGAUAAAUUAUCUGAAUAUAAAGUACCUAUUUUUGGUAUAUUUGUAAUUAAUAAUGGGAUAGGUAUACAUAAAGAAAUUCAUAAUAUGAGAUUUAAAAAUAGUAUGAUAGUUAUUAAUUUUUCGAAUGAAUUAAAGAAUCAGAUUGAUGAGUUGGGUAAAAUCUUUUUAUCAAAAACACAAAAUAUGGAUUGGUCUAUUAGUCUUAAUGAUAAUAGUCGUAUUGAAUUAGAUGUAGUUUAUCGAAGUUUAGAAGCUAUUCUUGAUAACAGAUUAGUUUCAUAUAGUGAUUUAUUUUUUAACAACAUGAAAAAAAUACUUUAUUAUGUUAGAAAGGCGUAUAACAUUACAAGUUUAAAUGAUAUUUGUAAUAAUUUAGAUACGUUAAAUAUAGUAUAA